AUGGUCCCGCCAGCGCCUGCUCAGGGGGCGUUCAAGAAGUUCAUGGGAGAUCAGAUGCGUAAGGGAAAUCAGGGGGUUGCGCCUCCCUUGGGACGAAGCGGGGGGAUGGUGGAGGGAGGCAUGCCUGGGAGGCCAGAGCAGAAAGAGGUUGGCGAACGUCCUGGAAGCCUGUUGGAUGUUCUCUUGGGGGGAGUUAUGGCAUCCGAUCCUAUGGCAGCGGAGGGUUAUAUUCAUACCACUCAACAAGAGCAUGCGCAUCAAGCUGGGCAGAAGAUUGCUGGGAUGAUGCACGGGAGCCCUCUUGGAUAUGGUGCCGCUGCCUCGGGUGCCGCACACGGCAUGAUCGAUGUUGUGCUUGAUCCCCUGCAGCAGCAAAUGCAGCUUUUGCAGCAGCAUCAACACCAAAACAUGCAGGCGAUGAUGAAGCAGCUGCAAGAGAGCCAACUGGCGGAGAGAGCCCGUCUCGAGGAGCAGCUGCAACAAGCGCGGCAGCUGCACCUUGCAAUCCAGGACGAGGGGAACGUAAUUUGGAGUUCUUUAGUCGACGUCCAGAGUAUUCUUUCUGGAGCACAGCGGGGCAUCCAGGAGCUGGGGAGUGCGGAAGGGUUUAUCGACGAACUUACAAAGCGGCUGGAAUUCUCGUUGCAUCGGUUGUCUCUGGCUGAGUCGGCUGGUGGGAACCCUCCCACAGACCCUCAAGAUCUGCAGGUGGCAGACAACAGCAUUUACUUGGAGACAAAGGCGAGAUUAGGGCAAAAAUUGAGCAAUAUCAACAAAGAACUCCAGGUUGUUAAUGAACUGCUGAAUAAUGCGGAGCAACGCGCAUCCGCCCUCGCGGAGAAGGGACCCUCUGGACAGUUGAUCAGCGACCGCCUCCUGCAGGCGUGCGCAAGCCUCCAAGUGGCCUCAGCUACUCAGGAGGACUACCUGCGAGAGGUGGUCAAGGUGCUGGAGAACAAGCAAAAAGAGUGUGACGCUACUCUGGAGAGACUGCAGAAGAUGCUGGAGUCGGCAUUUGCAAGGUACGCACUAGAACUGAAGGGCCGAGCUACAGAGUUGCAGCGCAAGAUUCUGGCUGUAUUGGAAGAACUUGCCAAAGAAGUGGCUUCCGGCAAGGUAAACCGCGAGAUGCUCCAAGCAGAAAUCACCAAAGUCAGGACCAUGUCGGUGCCAUUGGCUCAAACCAAGCUCCAGCUGGAUGAGCUCCGGCAGAAAAUCUCGGAUUGGGGAAACGGGGUGUCGCGAUCGCUCAAUACACUGGGAGGGCUGUUGGAAGGCGGCUCCAGGCUGAUGGCGGCUGGCGACACGCUGCCCUCUUCGCACAGCGUCGACUUUGCGCCCCUGAAGUCUGCGAUGGAGAAGGCAAAAUCCUCAGAGAACAGCAUCAGGCAGGAGAAAGCUCGAGUGGAUCAAUCCUUGCGUAUUCUAGAUAUGUACAUCACGGAGGGACUCAACCAGCAACAGUCACAGCAGCCUCCUGAGCAGCUGCUGACUCCUAACAACUUGGCGAAUAGGGACCCUUACGCAAUGUACGCGCUACCCCCACAGCCUACGCUUGCUGCGGCUCCCCAUCAGAGGACUAAGAGGGGAGGCUAUGGACCCUACGAGGCGCCUUUGGGAUCAAAUAUGCCGAUGGGUUGGGGGAACUACCAAGGGGCUCAAGGACCACAGCAACCUGGCCAUGAGCCUCCAUUCGGCUCUAGAGGCCUCUUCUAG